GCGGUGCCUCACAGGCUUCCAGUCAAUGGAGACAAGCGGCCACGCCAAUGCGAUAAUACUAGUGACAAACGAGGCCGUAGCCGAUGUCAAGUUAAAUUUGAGUUGAAAUAGUGCAUCGCUCGUAGAUGAACUGCCAUGCCCGUGAAGGAAUAGUUGUAUGCUAAACAAUUGGCCCUUUUUGCAGCUGACGCGCCGUAACAACACAAAGGCCUAUGUAGCUAGUUAGCUAGCUAACAAGUAAUUCAACGCCAGCUGCAGCAAAUUAACAGGCCUACCAUUUUAAUUUUUUUUUAUCCGUAACUUAAGACAGUUAAUCUGCUCUACCAACAAGACAGUAUUUCAGUAUUUAUUUUUGCUUCUAAUGGAGGAACAGAGUGCAGCGGCCAUGCAGCAAAAUUUGGACAGGAGUUGCUGGGUAUGCUUUGCCACAGACGAAGACGACCGCACAGCAGAGUGGGUGCGUCCGUGUCGCUGCCGCGGCUCCACCAAGUGGGUUCACCAGUCCUGCUUGCAGCGCUGGGUGGAUGAGAAGCAGCGGGGCAACAGCACGGCCCGUGUGGCCUGCCCACAAUGCAACGCAGAAUACCUCAUCGUCUUUCCCAAACUGGGUCCCGUGGUUUACGUGCUGGACCUGGCAGACCGGCUCAUCUCUAAGGCCGGCCCCUUCGCUGCAGCUGGCAUCAUGGUGGGCUCAAUCUACUGGACUGCCGUCACCUACGGAGCGGUCACGGUCAUGCAGGUGGUGGGCCAUAAGGAGGGCCUGGACGUUAUGGAGCGGGCCGACCCUCUGUUCCUGCUCAUUGGCCUGCCCACCAUCCCUGUCAUGCUGAUCCUUGGCAAGAUGAUCCGCUGGGAGGACUACGUCCUGCGUCUGUGGAGGAAGUACUCUAACAAACUGCAGAUCCUCAACAGCAUAUUCCCUGGGAUUGGCUGCCCAGUUCCUCGUAUCCCGGCAGAGGCCAGCCCCCUGGCGGACCACGUGUCGGCCACGCGGAUCCUGUGUGGCGCUCUGGUCUUCCCCACCAUCGCCACCAUCGUGGGGAAGCUCAUGUUCAGCAGCGUCAACUCCAACCUGCAGAGGACCAUCCUGGGAGGUAUCGCCUUUGUGGCCAUCAAGGGGGCAUUUAAGGUGUACUUCAAACAGCAGCAGUACCUGAGGCAAGCCCACCGCAAGAUCCUCAACUUCCCCGAGCAGGAGGAAGCCUGAGGAGGCUCCAGAGGACAGCCGGACAAACCGCACACCUCUGUCUGAGGGCCGAGGGAGGGGAGGAUAUAAACUGUCAGACUCUGAGCAGGAAGUUUUGGUGAAACAAACAUGGGAUCAGUGCCACCCUUACAACCUACUCCCACCCUCCUACACCUCCCCCCCCACCCCACCACCCCCGUCUGUCGCUGACAUCCACGCAAGGAUCCCCACCACCACUACACAUUUUUACUCCCGACGCUUUCGUAAGAAGACAAAUGAGACUUGUGGACACAGACUGGAGCAUGGUUACACACAACACCCCCCCCCCCCCCCCCCCCCCCCCCCCCCCCCCAUCUCUUUUCCAAGAACUCGUGCUGUGACUGUGGGGUGGACGUGCUUCCAAAAUCACAUAACUAAUACUUAUUGUAAACUUGCUGUAUUUUAAAGGAAGACAAUGCGGGGCAUGUGUAAUUAGUUUUAUAAUAAUUAUAAAUUGUUUUAUAAUGCUUAGUUUGCGGAUUUGAAAAGCCCCCUUUGCCAACGUUGGGGUUUAUAUUGAAUGGUGAUUAAUGUUCAGUGUGUGAAAGUGGAAUGUAUUCCUGAUAAAACAAUAAAACGUGUUGUGAAUCAUGACGCAGUACAUUACCCACAACCAGGAAGAAUUGCGAGAAUGUGUUGCGACUGUUGAGGUGUAAUCUUAAUGCGACUCUAAAGAGAACCAUCUAAACCCUGACCACUGAAAGGAUGUUAAUAUAGGUGUUUUAGACCCCCCGCAUUGAGGGGUGUCUUUAAUUUUUUCGUUCACAUGCCUUGGCAGUGUUCACGUAAAAUUGUCUAACUUUAUCUGUUUUUUGCAAAACACCAGUAACUGAUGCGUUUUUAAAGCUUCAUCACCCGUCGAGCCUAUUGCCAUAAGGCCGUCUGUCAGACGGUGGAUGGAGAAUGUGGAUGCUUUAAUCCUUUUAAUCAGAGCUUUUUGCAGUGACUGAGCAUUAUGAAAGUUUUGGGGAACUGAUGCAGCACUUUUCUCUGGGAGAUGUGAAACCUACAACUUAGUCUGGACUUUCUGUCUGUCUUUUUAUUCAACAUACAGUUCCCCUUCUGGAGCUGUUGGCAGGAAAUUAAAGGGCCAGUUUCAAAUUAAGAACAAGCUUCUCCUCACUAGCUGUGCAGAUAUUUAUUUCUGCCUACACCUCAGUUGCCUUUUACAAUAAAUACAAUUUUCAAAUGUCUUAAUUCUGGAAUUUUUAAGUACAAAAUUAAAACUCUUGACAGCAAUCUCAAUUAACUGGGACACCAUUUCUCAAAGCAAUGGAAAUGUCAAAACCUGGAAGAAAGUACUGUAUCUACAGAGGAUUAAGUGAGGGCUUUUUGUAAUUUCAGUGAACUGACUAACAUAGCACUAAUAGUAAAUAGGUUUGCUUUAAAUCAGUGGCAGCAUGUGAUCAAUGUCAGUUUUUCAUGUGACAAUUUUCAGAGGACCGAGGCACGGCACAUAGCUGACCACUUAACUAGCACAUGAAAACUGUGCCAGCUUCAGACAUCCUCCAGCUUGCAAGCCGCGACUUCCCCGGUACGUUCACUGUAAAAGCAUCCACUCCGCCAAAAGAGACAAAGUGUGAUCUGUGUUGUACGGACGUUGCUUGUGAGGCUGGAGUUCUACGGCAUCCGUUAUGUGAAUAAAUGUAUUUUUCCAACA